AUGGGUCUCCUCGUGCUCGCCGCGGCGCUCGCGCUGUACGCCGUGGGCCUGGCCGUCUACCGGCUCUACCUCAGCCCGCUGGCCGCCAUCCCGGGCCCGAAGCUCGCCGCCCUCACCUCGUGGUACAACGCCUACCAUGACCUCAUCCGCGGCGGGCAGUACGUCUGGGUCGUGCGCGACAUGCACCGCCGGUACGGCCCCGUGGUGCGCACCCGCCCGGACGCCGUGCACGUCGCCGACCCGACCUUUGCCGACGAGCUGUACCCCGUGUCCGGGCGCCGCCGCCGCGACCGCUUCCGCACCGUCGUCGGCUUCAUGCAGUCGCCGGGCUCGCUGCUGUCGACGGGCGAGCACGACCUGCACCGCCGCCGCCGCGCCGCCCUGGCGCCCUUCUUCUCGCCGCUGCGCGUGCGCCGCCUCGAGCCCGUCAUCAACGAGACGCUCGCCCGCCUGCUGCGCCGCAUGGACGGCUGGGCGCGCGACGGCGUCCCCGUCCAGAUGGGCGUCGCCUUUCGCGCGGCCACCAAGGACGUCAUCCAGCAGUACGCCUUUGGCGGCGGCGGCGGCACGGCCUGCCUCGACAUGGACGACUGCAGCGCCGCGUUUUUCGACGUGAUCCGCCCGCACUGGGUCUCGCACCUGGGGACGCAUUUCCCGCGGCUGGCGAGGGCCAUGAGCGCGCUGCCGCCGGGGCUCAUGACGCGCCUCGUGCCGCGGAUCGGCGUCUUUAUGCGCUGGGUGCAGGACGUCGCCGCCGAGGUCGACGAGGUCCGCAAGUCCGAGGACCUGCCCGAGGGGCUCACCAUCUUUCACGAAAUCAUGCGCAGCGACGCCCUCCCCGCGUCGGAGAAGCGGACGGAGCGCAUCCUCAACGAGGCGACGGUGCUGCUCGUCGCCGGCACCGACACGACGGCGCUGACGCUCUCGGCCAUCGUGUACCACGUGCUGGCGGACCGCAGCGUGCUGCGGCAGCUCAAGGACGAGCUGCGGCGCGCCAUGCCGGACCCGGACGCGCCGCCGACGGCCGCGCAGCUCGAGGCGAUGCCGUACCUCAACGCCGUGAUCCACGAGGCCGUGCGCCUGCACCCGGGCGCCGCGCACCGGCAGGACCGCGCCGCGCCCGACGAGGACCUGACGUACACGGACCCGCGGACGGGGCGCGCGUACCGGCUGCCGGCGGGCACGGGCAUCGGCAUGGCGGCGCCGCUCGUCAACCGCUGCGCCGACGUGUACGACCGGCCCGACAAGUUUGUGCCGGAGCGCUACAUCGAGAGCCCGGAGCUGGCGCGGCACCUGCUGACCUUUUCGCGCGGCGCGCGGCAGUGCCUGGGAAUCCACCUGGCCUACCGCGAGAUGCAGACGCUGGUCGCGGGCAUCUUUCGCCGGUACGAUGUGUACGACCCGGAGGCGGAGCGGCAGGGGCCGACGCUGCAGCUGUACAAGACGGAGCGGCGGGAGCUGGAGAUGGCGGCCGACUACGUGGUGCCUGCGGCGUACGAGGGCAGCUUGGGUCUGCAGGUAGUGAUUCGUCAAUCGAGCUUGUGA